AUGCAUUCUUUAUUUCUAUUAGUUUAUCUUUUUUUACAAAUUUUUGUUGUAUUUUGUUCACAACCAAAACGUGUUGUUGAUCGAAUGUAUAUAUCAUUUGAUCGUGCACGUUAUUGUGUUCGUCGUCUUAAUGGUACACAUGAAAUUGGUUGUCAAUCAUCAAUACGAGGCAAUUCUGGUCGAAUGUAUAUGAUUGAUAAUGAUCAAGAAUUUCAUAUAUAUCUUACAGAUAAAAAACUAAUUGAUUCAUUUAAUUCAUUUAUUAUUGUACUUAAUGUAAAUUUAUUUAAUACAUAUUAUAUUGAUUAUUUAAUGAAACAUCUUGAUAAAAAAUUAAAUGGUCUUUUACUUUAUUUAAAAUCAAAUUUAUCUCGUCCAUUAGAUUUUUCACAUGAUGAUCAAUGUCCAAAUAAUCGUAAUUCAUUUUAUUUAAAUCAAACAGAAAAAAUUAAUUGGAAUUCAAAAGGAACUAGUUUAUUUUUUCGUUCAUUUCCAUUUCCAAUAAUGUUAAUUGAUGAAGAAGAUGAUUAUAAACGUUUAAUUGAAUUUUAUCGACAAUUUAAUAAUAGUCAAUCAUCACCUGCAUGUGGUUUAGAAUUAAAAGCAUUUCAAAAUGCAGCACAUACAACAAAAACAUGUAUGACAAGAAAUGAUAUAUCACAUUCAUUAAUUGAUCUUCAAGAAAUAUUUUGUGAUCCAAUUGGUGGUUUAAAUAUUUAUAGCAAAUUACCUCAAUCGAUUAAAAUUAAACCUGAUCAACGUUCAUUAAAAUCAGUUAUACUUAUUUUAGUAACUACAGAUAGUUUUCAAAUGUUUUUAAAACCAAAAGGAUCAACAGGUGGUGUUCAACAACCAGCUACAGCACUUAUUACAUUUUUAACAUUAGCACAUCUUAUUGGACAAGAACAAGAUGAAUUUAAAAAACAAAAUAAAGAAAUUAUAUUUGUAACACUUGAUGGUGAUGCAUUAGAUUAUUCAGCUUCAUUUAAAUUUAUGUUUGAUAUGAUUAAUGGAUAUUUUCCAAUUGGUAAUAAAAAUGAACAACCUAUUAAAAUAGAACAUAUUCAUUCAAUUAUUGAAUUUCAAUCAUUAAGUAUGACAAAUGAACUUUGGCUUCAUACACAUCCAUCAUCAUUGAUCAAUCAAACAUUUAUCGAUAUACUACUUCGUAAUAAUCCAAUGAUCAAUUUAAUCCGACCUAAUUCUCCAUUACCACCAGCAUCUUCACAAAUUUUUCUUCGACAAACAUUAUCAUUAUCUUUUCCUGUUUACAUAUUAUCAUCAACAAAUCAAAAUCAAUUAUUAAAUCAUUAUUAUCAUUCAUUUUUUGAUGAUCCUUCUACAUUAUCAAUUAAUAUAUCUACAUUAGAAUAUAAUACUACUACAGAAAUUAGUCUAUGGAUUAAACGUAUUGUUGAACCAUUUGCUCAAACAUUAAUUGAAUCAUUAGUUGGUAUAAAGAAAAAUGUUAUUAUUAAACAAGAAAUUAUUAAUAAUUUAGUUUAUUGUAUUUUAAAAAAUAUUAAUUGUCCUUUAAUUCAUAAUGUUACUAAUCAAUCUGUUGGUAAUACAUUUAAACCAUUCGAUCAAACAUCUAUGCCAUUUUCAAUUAAUACUUAUCCAAUAUCAACAACACCGACAUUUCCUUUUAUAAAAUAUGUACUUGGUUAUUUUUUACGUGAUCGUUCAUAUGAUAUACAAAAUUUAACUAAAAUAUCAUGUAAAGAACAUGCAUAUAAUGAUAGUUUUUGUUCAUAUACAUUUGUUGAUGGAUAUGCACCAUCAAUAAUUAAUGAGAAAUCAUUUUCUGGUUAUUGUGUACGAUCAUAUCUACGAUUUGUACAAUCAAUUUCACCAGCAUUUAUUAUUGAAAAUUAUGAUUUAUCUCAAACAACGUAUCCAGCAUGGACUGAAAGUCGAUGGACAACAAUUAGUUUACGACUUUUUAUUAUUCCAACAAGGACACAUGAAAUAGUGACACUUAUUAUUGGUAUUUUACUUACUUUUAUUUCAUUUUGUAUUCUUUUCUUUUUACGUUAUUAUACAAAGAUUAGUCUUUUUCAACCUUCAUCAUCAUGA